AUGGAUGCAUCCAUGGCGCCAACGAAGGGUGACGAGCAGCCCCCGUUACGCAUGCUCUUCUUCCCGUUCCUCCUCCCUGGCCACCUCAUCCCGAUGGCCGACAUGGCCGCGCUCUUCGCCGCCCGUGGCGUUAGGUGCACCAUUCUUACCACGCCCUUGCAAGCUUCGACCAUCCGCUCCAUCGUCGACCGUGCCAACACUUCCCUAGGGUCGGUGGAUGUCGUCGUUGUUCCUUUCCCAGACGUUGGGCUUCCCCCCAGCGCCGAGAGCGGGACUGGCCUGACAUCCAAGGACUACAACGACAGGUUCCUUCAAACGGCGGAGCUGCUCCGGGAGCCCUUCCGCCGCUUCCUGUCCGACCACCACGCCGAGAUCGACGCCGUCGUCUCUGACGGCAUCUUCCACUGGUCCGUGGACGAAGCAGCGGAGCAUGGCGUCCCGCGCAUCACGUUCCUCGGCACCAGCAUGUUCGCCCGUUCAUGCACGGAAGCCAUGCUCCGCAGCAACCCGUUGGAGGCGUGCUCGGACGACCCAGCCGCCGUCGUCUCCCUGCCGGGGCUGCCGCACAGGGUGGUGGAGCUGCGGGGGCAAAUGAUGGACCCUGUGAAGCGGCCACAUGAGUGGGCAUUGUUCCAGCUCAUCCACGCCGCGGAUCGGCGGAGCUACGGCGAGCUCUUCAACAGCUUCCACGAGCUGGAGCCGGCCUACGCCGAGCACUACCGCGCCACACUCCACCGCCGAGCCUGGCUUGUCGGCCCGGUUGCGCUCGCAAGCGGCAGCGGGAAGGACGUGGCGUCAAGAGGCGCCAUUGCUGGCACGCUCUCGCCGGAGGCCAUCGGGUGCCUGCGCUGGCUCGACAAGAAGCCGGCCAGCUCGGUGGUGUACGCCUCCUUCGGCACAAUGACAAGCUUCUCGCCGGAGCAGACGCGGGAGCUCGCCCGCGGCCUUGACCUCUCGGGCAAAAAUUUCCUGUGGGUCAUCACCAAUGGCAGUGCCGCUGCUGCAUCAGUGGAUAUAUGUAUGCCAGACGGGUUCCCAACUGCGCACCGUGGGUACGUCGUCCAUGGCUGGGCGCCGCAGGUGCUCAUCUUGAACCACCCCGCCGUUGGUGGUUUCAUGACGCACUGCGGGUGGAACUCCACGCUGGAGGCCGUGAGCGCCGGCGUGCCGAUGGUGACGUGGCCGCGGUACGCCGACCAGUUCCACAACGAGAAGCUGGUCGUGGAGGUACUGGGGGUGGGCGUCAGUGUUGGUGCCGAGGACUACGCAACAUGGAUGGAGACCCACCGGGUCAUCACCGGCCAGGUGAUCGCCGAAUCCAUCAGGAAAGUGAUGAAGGAGGAGGGCGACGGCGACAUGAUACGAAAGAGAGCUGAGGAGCUCCGCGACAAGGCGAGGGCCGCGGUGGAGAAAGGCGGGUCGUCGUACGACGAUGUUGGGCAGCUCAUGGAGGAGUUGAUCGCCCGCCGGUGCUCCGGACGUAAGGCGGGUGGAUAA